UUAAUAUCAGCCUAUUAAAAAAAAACCCUUAAUAUCAAAAUUAACACAUAACCAUCCUUCCGAAUAAGACAUGAAAACGACUUCAGUAUUGAAAUGUAAUAUUAAAAAGAUAGCAACUCCAAAAUCAGGCCCUACAUAUCUUCAAAAGACAAAAUGCUAUGAAUUAUAUAUCUUAUGCCGACCCAUUUCCAUGACCCACCAUGCUUUCAAUUUUUCAGUGGAACAAGAAACGAAGCAACCAGAGAAGCAUGGCAUCAUUAUCCUCAUGGAGGUUGGGAGCUACUGGUUUGGACUUUGGAGGCUACAUAUAAGAAUUUAUAGUAAACCAUCACCAUAUAUGGCAUAUAUGCUCUAUGCAAAUUCAAUCAUCAGAUUAACCUUUCUCUCUAAAUAUGGAAGUCCUCUGAGGUUGAAGUAGAACCCACUUUAUAUACCAAUCCUAAUCUGCUGAUUCAUCUACUUUUAUGUCGUACUGCUUCUUCAGGGGCAAGAUUUCCUGUUCAAGUUCCAUAAUAACACUGGUUCAAGGAAAGAAGCCUAAUUGAGUUAAAAGUGAGAAGCUAAAAUCCUUCUUCACAGUGCAUGGUGUUAGACCAAUGGGUGGUUCAGGUUCUUCAUGCUUUUUCGUAAUCUGUGUUCUGCAUUCAGCCAUAGCUUUGACUUGUGGAUCUCUGAUGGUGUUCUAUACCAAAGAGAUUAGCGUCUUGGGCCAUGGACAGAAAACAGCAAGUAUGCUUCAAGGUUCAACACCCCAUGAUCAGCUACUGAUUCAGACCUCAGAUUCCUUCUCAGGGUUGCUGUUGUUCACAAUUGGGUUCCUUGUGUUCAUGGUGGCUUGUGUUAAGGACUGGGAGUUCCAGAGUUUCUUCGCCAAAGGGUGUGUGCUUCUUCACAUUUCUGUGGCGGUGUGGAGAUGCUACUUUGAGAGGGAGCUUCAGGAUCUUGCACUGGAUUGGCCCAGGCAUGCUGUUGGGGACAUUGCUUUGGCCAUUUCCUGGGUCUUUUUUCUUGUGUACAUGUGGAGGGAGAAAUAUGAUUAGUUUUUUUUUUAAUUAAAUAUGAUUAGUUAAUAGUUGUUGUCGUGGAAUGUAAAUAUUGGGUGUUUGUAGAAUAA